UUUUCGAAGCCCAGAUCCAAAUAUUAUUUUCGCAAUGUUUCGUCUUUAUUUCACGGAUGUGUUAAGAACAUUGAAUAAUAAAAGUGUGGCUUUUCAGCGGCUUACUCAGUCUAGUCUUAAGUGUUAUCAAAUAACUUUUUGCCAUACAGCACCUGCUGAAACACUCGUUCAUCACGGAACCCAAGGAACCGGGAGAAAUUUGCAUCCUGUUCAAGCUCGAGCAAUCAUCAAUCAAACAUUUGUUUCAGUUUCCCAUAAACUGAAACUUCCUUCACUUAAGCCAGUUUACACCACAAUUCCAAUUCAUGGCAAAGGGAACUCCAUGUGGAAGACUGUUUUAACUCUUAGAUGGCCAGAAAAGUUAAGUUUUGAAGCAAUAGGCAGGAAUAAAAAAGAGGCAGAAGAACUUGUUGCCCAACAAGCUUUGACUGUUCUGCAUGAUUCUAAGAUUAUUUCACCUAAUGGAAAGUUGUUGUGUGAACUAAGCACACAUAGAACUCUUCAGUCAAGAGAUAAGGAAACUAUUAUCAAUGAUGAUCCAGCAUUUGAUGCUAGUGGCUUGUCUAUUAAACAAGAGGAAAUAGCAGCGAUUGAGGCCAAAUUUCCCAAUUUCAAAUCAACCUUGCUUAAUUGCUUUAUGAAGGUUUCAAAUCACAUGAAGAACGCCAAUUUCAUCGCUCGACCAGCUUUCAAACGUAUAAAAAAAGGAGCAACCUUCUGCUGGCAAGCAAGCUAUAGCUUGAAAUGGCCUGAGCCGAAAGAAUUUUCAGGAAUGGGGACAAAUCGGGUUGAAGCUGAAAAAUUGGCGAUACUCUCUGCACUUCAUUGGUUGACUGAAAAUAAUUUCUUACACAAAAAUGGCUAUCCAAUUUUAUACUCCAAUGAAGAGCUCAGUAAAAUGAAAAGUGCUGUAACAAGUCCGGCGAUUGUCAAAUUACCUCCAGCAUUGGUGAAUGAGCUUGACGAAAUGAUGAAUGAUUUCAAAAAAAUGAAGCCAUUAAUGGCUGAGGAUCGAAUGUUCUUUGAACGCGAAACUGCAGCCGCCAAUAGUCUGAUUUCAGAAGAUGAAAAGAUGAUAGAGGAGUUUGACGAAGAACGCGACGUUGAAGAAUCCUUUGACAAUAUACCAUCGUCAAGUAAUGAAUAUGGGUACGAUAAAAAUGAUGAAUCAUCGGUUGAUCCAAUUACCGGACGUAAAGUCCUACCGCUAAGCUCCAAGGAGAUCGAAAAAAGAUGCAAUGAGUUAUUUCUCAGUGCCCAAACGAGGAUAAUAGAGAAAGGUGGUCCAAUCAUUCCUUUUCUACCAAUCGUGGAAAAGCGCGAAGCCAUUCUAAACUUAAUCGAACAAAAUAGGGUUGUUGUGCUUAGUGGUGAUACCGGAUGUGGCAAGAGUACACAAAUGCCCCAGUAUUUGCUGGAUUCGUAUGCGCUGAAACAUCGGGGCACUGAAUGUAAUAUAAUCGUUACACAACCCCGUCGGUUGGCUGCUCUUUCGUUAGCCCAAACUGUUGCCAAUCAUCGAGGAGAAAAAAUAGGUGAGAGUGUUGGCUACCAGGUGCGACUGAAUUCCGUACUUCCAAGGCAUCCACUAGGCCGUAUACUAUUCUGUUCAACCGGAAUUCUUUUACGAAGACUUCAAGCGUGUCCAGAUAUGUCGGGCGUAUCCCACCUAAUAAUCGAUGAAGUGCACGAACGCGACUGUUUGACCGAUUUUACGCUAGUUAUUCUUAAAGAUCUUUUGCAAUCGAACCCCUUAUUAAAGGUCAUCCUGAUGAGUGCAUCUCUAAAUGCGGAUCUGCUGUCACGUUAUUUUGAUUCGGCUCCGCUCAUCCACGUUAAUGGCAGAACGUUUCCUGUUCAGAGAACGUUUUUACCUGAAAUCCAAAAUCUGACCAGAGUUUUCGGAGAAAGAAGAAAUACCACAAAUAUGAAACCAAUGGUUGAUCAAGAUUUAGUAGUGAAAUUGGUUCGUUACAUCGACAUAAACAAACCAUCACAAGGUUCCAUUUUAGUUUUUCUACCUGGCUGGGCAGAAAUUAAAAGCCUUCACUCAAGAUUAAAGGAAUUUUAUCCUAGUGAGGAAACUCAUUGGAUAUUACCGGUGCAUUCCCGACUUUCACAGGCUGAGCAAGAGCGAAUAUUUGAUCGCCCACCUGAGGGUGUCCGAAAAAUCGUUCUAGCAACCAAUAUAGCUGAAACUAGUUUGACGAUUAAUGACUGCGUCUACGUGAUCGAUCCAGGCGUCCAUAAAGAACUAAGAUACAAUUCACAACGGGGUUCUGCUGUAAUGGAGAAUCAAUGGAUAGCAAAAGCUAAUGCGCAACAACGAGCUGGACGUGCCGGGCGUGUUCAGCCAGGAGAAGCAUUCCAUCUCUACUCCGAAGAGAAAUAUGAAGAAAUGGAGCGGUUUCCGCAAGCGGAAAUUCUUCGAAUUCCCCUCGAGAAGGUUGUCAUGGAUAUUAAGGCGUAUAAUGAAAACUUGAAGUCCAUUGAUUUCUUAAGCCGGACGCUAGAGCCUCCGUCACACCGUGCAAUCCGAAUCGCAAUCCGAGAACUAGAGUCGAUAGGUGCGUUGGAUGAACAUGAAAGACUUACACCAUUGGGACGUCGUAUUGCUCAGUUUUCAACACACCCACGUUUGGCCAAAUCACUCGUGUUUGGUACCCUUUUUCGCUGUUUGGACCCCGUAGCAUCUAUAGUGGCAGGACUCAGCUCAGCACGUGAAGGCUGGUCAGUGGAAUCGACGAUUGACAACCAGAGACAAAUUAUUAGACAAGCAAAACAUCGAUUCCAUCCCACGAGCGAUCACUUGGCUUUGGCCAAUUUGAUGAGGCAAUUUCGAAACCAACGUGGUCGGUAUGAAGUCGAUGAAUUCUGCGAAAAUUUCCAAGCUAAUGUGAAAUCACUUUACUUCCUCAAAGGUGUGAGGAGCUUAUUAGUUGACCAUUUGAAAGAUGCGAAUUUACUGGGUGAUAGAUCACAUGCCGAUUCCAUUCGUCAUCCGGUGAAUCAACAUGCAGACAAUGAAGAAAUGAUAAAAGCGGCUCUCGUCAUGGGGUUUGGUGAUCGCAUUCUCCGAGUGCGUAGGGGGAAGAUUGUCAAGGGGAUUAUCAAAUCUAACGAAUUAGUCAUUUUAAGCGAGAAACACGGUUCCGUUCACGUAGUGCCUGAUUCAGUCAAUGCGGAUAGUAAAAUCAAAUCCGAUUUCAUGAUCUACUUCAACGGGAUAUUUUCAACGGAACGUAAAGCUUUCAUUGUAAGAGAUACAACCCAGAUUUCAAAUAUGACUGCCGUGUUAACGGCUGGAAGAUCGUUCACUACAGGGACUCAGUUAGACGACGUCAGCGACAGUUAUGAUGCGUCUGCAAGUAUUACUAUCGACGAGAGUAAAAAUUUACAAUUCGCUUGUUCCCCAAGAGAAUCGCGGUUACUAAUGGAUCUUCGAGAUUCGUUGUCUGAUACCUGUGAUUUUCUGCUGCGAACUGCAGGGCUACGUCAAACGAAUGAGCUUACGUCAGUCGUAGGCAAAUUCCACGGUCGACAAGUUGACAUGCUAGCUCGUUUGUUAUCAGCAAACAACUAGGUAAGAGUGAUAAGAUAGUGAUAAAUUAACAAUAAAAGAAUUUUACU